GCUCUCUACUGCGCAUGCGCUCUCCUACCCCGGAAGUUUGAACAUGAGAGUUGUGGUGGAGCACCUUGUUUAACUUUUCGUUGUUGUUUUUAAUAUUUUCCUUUGAAGCGUUAAAAUGAAUUCCUCUGGAGUCACGCGUUAAAUCCUCCCGCUGUUUCCCGGCCGACAAGCAGGCAGCCGCGGAUCCGCCGCUCAGUCCCGCCCCGGAGAAGAGCCUGAUGUCCGGCUUUGGCCUGGCCCCGGUGGACGGUGGGGAUCUGGUCCCGCUGUCACCGGGAGAGACGGUGCUGGGCCGGGGUCCCUUGCUCGGGAUCAGUGACACCAGAAUUUCCAGACACCACGGGCUGCUGGAGAACCUGAACGGCCAGCUGCGACUCAAACCGACCCAUGUGAAUCCAUGCUUCGUCCUCUCAUCCCUGAAGGAUGACCCCAGACCGCUGGAGAAAGGCUCCUGGCAUCGUCUCCAUCCUGGAGAUUUGUUCUCUCUGCUGCCGGGUCGCUUCAUCUACAGGGUGGAGGCUGUGGGCAGAGAGGACAGCACUCCCAGAAACAGCCAGAACCUAGAAGAAGAAGGAGAGCUUCCUGUUUCUGCCAGAACCACGGUGGAGGCUGCUGGGCCGGAGCAGGAACAGGUUUCUGAUCCAAACAGGAGUGAACCCACCGGUCCCAACACAAGUCUGGCUCAGGAAGUCUCGACACGACGGCUGGAUGACAUCCAGAGCAACGAGCCCCCACCUGCUCCCAGGAGGAGAGUUUUACCUGCGUGGAUGAUGGCUUCUGUCGCAGCUCCAAAGAGUCCAGCUACUGCUCCAAAAGGUCAGUCAGGUGUGAGGAGGAGGAAACAAACUGCUGCAGCCACGAUAUCCUCCGUUCCUCUGAGAGCGGGCCACCGUGAGGAAGAGGAGGAGGAGGAGAAGGAGGAGGAGAGGCUGACGAAGAAGAGGAGGAAGAUGAGUGAAGAAGAAAACCUUCCAGCAGAAACAGAAGUUCUCACAGAGGAGUCGUCCUCCAGAGUUCAGAUUAAACCCCGCAGGUCCAGUCAGGAUGGUGUCAGCUCUCACUCUGACCUUCUCAGUGUAAAGCUGGAAGAUGAUGGGAAGGGAGAAGGUCCGGCCCAGACGUCUGAGUCUAGGAAAUCACCAAAGGAGAAGAAGUCCCAAUCCCCAGUCAGAACACCUUGUCCGUACGGGAAGGACUGCUACAGGAAGAACCCCCUUCAUUUCCAGGAGUGCAGUCACCCAGGAGACUCCGACUACGAGGAGGAGGAGGAGGAGGAAGAGGAGGCAGAGCGACCAGAGUGUCCUUACGGCACCGACUGUUACAGGAAAAAUCCUCUCCACAGGAAAGAGUUCAGCCACACUAAGAAACCUGCUCGCUCCGCUCAGAACGCGGCGCCGGAGGACGAAGAUGUCUCUGGAGACGACGACAGCUUCAUCAACGACGACAGCGACGACCUCGGCAACGACUCGGACUACGUGCCUCCGGGCUCCGACCACAGCGAGCGGGAAGACGUCCGCCGGCUGCAGCGGGAAGCUGCGGCCUUCCUGGAGAAAGGCCGGAGGUAGAGGAGGCUGAACAUCUGUGAACAUCUGUGAACAUCUGCCAGCAUCAGCUGGAAGGAGAGAGAGCCAUGAAACUGAUAAAUACCGGAGCUAAAGGAGGCGCAGCAGACGGUACCGGCCCAUUCUGUAAUAUCACAGCUGGUUCCUAAGAUAAAACAUUUUCAGAUGUGGAGGUGCGGUCCGGUUGGAUCGAUGACGCCCGGUCCUGGAUGGCCCGUUUAGCUCGGCGCCGGAUGUUAGAUCGGGUCGCUCAGGACGGUUCUGAUGGGUUCUGAUGGGUUCUGACCGGCCGGUGUUGGCCGACACCCAGACUGUGUCCAAUCAGCUGCUGCGAUCUUCCUGGUUUAUUGUUGGAAAUCAAUGCAAAGCAGACAUAAGCCAGAGCAGAGGAGCCCUGAUGUCCAAACGGGUCGCUGAUGGUUCUGGACAUCGUCCUGCUGCAGAGGGACGCGUCCUCAGGUCUCAUCUUUACACAUUUACCAGAAUAACAGUGAUGGAAACACUGAGCGACUCUUCGUUCAUCCAGAGCAUGAAGGACAACAGAAGGUUUUUCUCUGUAACUUGUCCUGUCUGGCUUUUCACAUUAAGAGUCUUGCAGGAUUUUAUAUGGAUGCUUUUAAUGUGAAAAGCAGCAGGAAAUGUGUGUGUGCCUCAGAGCCAGCGGGGAUAAAUGGCUCAUAUUUUAAUCCGUUUUUGUUGAUCUCUGCUUUAACAGAUUUGUUUUCUCUUUACUAAAUGUUGUUUUAUUUUACAUUAAAGGUGUUAAAGCAGUGUAAA